GCUUCAUUUCCAACAUGGCGACUUUCAGUGCAGUCUGGAAAGUUCCCCGGAAAAGCUGUCGUGACUCCUGCAUUGACUAGCUUUUAGUUGGUGUGUGUUCAGGUGAGUGUAACCGUUUUUUUAAAAAAGAAAAGUUCGAUUUUAACUUUAAGACCCCAAGAGACGAUUGAAACAGCAGUUUUGGAGCAUACUGGCCAAAGCACCUGAUCGUCAAAUGUAGCCGAUCGAGCACUUUUCAAGGUCACCGAAAGUCUUUAGUUUGUGUUUUGGUUUGGAAUAUCUCUCAAUUCUACGGCAGAAGUGCCCUUCGACUGAAGGUUGAUCUAAAAUUGCUCUUAAUUCUUGGUAACUGAUCGGCUGAGUAAACAAAAUAAAUUAUGCAUUUGCCUUGCUGUACGAAACGAUAUGAAGCGCUUUAAUUAAGGCUUAAUUUUGGCUUUUAUGAUUAUCUUUACAGAUAAAGGUGAAAACCAUUUUAUUUUAUCCUUGCUCAUUUUAUUUUACUAUUAUUAUUUUUUUUUUUUUCACUAUUCCUUGUCGGAGUUUUUCCCUCAUUUUUUAUCUCACCUGCUAUCUCUCAUAGACAAGGGACUGCACAAUAUCUCACCGCAGCAGCUUGGAAUCAAGUAUGGAAGAGGAUGACACACUUACAAAACACUUAAGUCAAAAAGACCCAAUCAUAUCAUUGUACGCAGAGGAAGAAAUCGAAGAUGUUAGCACAACUAGUUCCGUUACAAAAAGCAAUACUGUGAUAACUGGCCAAGUUUCAGAGGUGAGCUCUACAUCGGAGGACAAUUACCAGAUACCUAGUACAUCAAGCAAAAGCAUCUUUAUGGACUUAUAUGAAGAAGACAUUUUAAACACUGACUCUGAGAAUGUGAAUAAUACAGAAAAGGAUACUUCAGCUAGUGAUGCAGCAGGAACUAAGAAACGCAAACCAGGGUUGCUACUUCUUGGUGAGUAUGCUGACAGUGGGAAUGACACCGAAGAAGAAGCGUUAAAUGCACUUAAAGUUAGACAGGAUAAAUCUAAAGAGACGCUAGAAAAUGCAAGUAGUAAAGAUGCUGGUAGUGAGGAUGUUGUCAGUGAGACAGUAAUUAAUGAGAAUAAACCUCUGGAGACAGCUGAAUCUGACAUGACCAAAGUUUUAGAGGAACUGCCUAUUGCAGUUAGUAAAGAUUCUUCACUUGUUGAAGAGAAAGUAGAAGAUAAAAACGACAGUGAUUCUCAUGCUAUGCAAGAUACCAGACAAGCUAAAUUGGAAAGAAGUGUCAGCAAGGAAGAAGGACAAAUUUCUGCCGAGUCUGAUUCCAGUGAUAGCGAACAGUCAUCUGAGGACAGAAAGGAUUCCAUAAAACAAAAAGACUCAAAAAAGGAUAAAAGCAAAAAGAAGGAUAAAAAGAAGAAAAAGAAAAAACGAAAGAAACAAAAGUAUUCAGGGGACAAAAAAGAUUCAGAUGUCACAGGUAAAGUAAAAUGCAGGCAUUGGUGUUAAAUGUUGUUGUUCAAUGUUACCCGUAUUUCCCUGUUAUUGUACCACUUACAUUUACUGGUCUUCGUUUUUUCCUUUGCUUUUUUUUCUCUCAUGCAUGUUUAUUAUCAUACAUAAAUCAAAGGAAACUCAAGGUUGUGCUCUAAGAAAAAUUGAAGGGAGCCCAGUUUUUUGAACCUGUGAAAUCUAGGGUGCCCAUAGAACCAUUUCUGUGUAAAAACCUAGAUUUUCUAGUUGCCUGGGUGCAAAAAGAAGGUACCAGGCGCCCCUUGGCGGUGCUGGAGUGCCACCUUAAAACUUAAAAUUGAAGAGCAAUAAUUACACAGUGUAAUUUAGCAUGCUACAAUGGAAAUUACUUUGAGAUUACCACAGUGUUCUCCUUAUCAGGUGGUAACCAGUACAAUUUACUGCCUGAAGCAACACUUCUUACUGCCUGCAACGGCCUGAAGGUUUACUAAGAUUAAAGAAGUGCUUUUAAAAAAUACACAAGUUGUGUUCCAAUCCGAUUCUCACAUACCACAAGGAAAUGAGUGAAUAUAAUACAGAAAAGUACUUAAGUAUACAUAGCUUUUCGGGUUUUUAUGGGUCACACAUUUUGGAAAGAAAACAUUGAAGACAGAGUCAAAUUAUUGGAAUCAAUCAUUUUAAAUUGUUGUGUAAAGGUAACAAGGGCCGAUAUAUGCAUAAAUAAGGUCUUAAAAAUGAGGGAGUGACAUUUCAUAGAACUUAGCUCCUAAAUUUUCCACGCACUCCACUACCCCCCUUCUCCAGGAAAGUGCACCUCUGGCACAUAUUUUUUUUGUUUUAACGGCUAUGAAUGAUCUCUUGCCUGCUGAGCUAAAAUUUAGGGAGAACAUUGUUACCAACAAACAGUAAUUUCUCCUCCAUACCAGGUGUAUACCUGAGAAUGAUUAUUACACUUUAUUUAAAUCUUAAUUUUAUGCAUGUUCUGUUUCUCUCCCAUAGUAAAUUUAUCUAUGAUAUUGUUUUAAGUGAAUUGUUUACCCAUACAUUUCAAGAGCUGCAGUCUGCUACAAAUGCAUACAUUUUUUUAUUGUAAUAUCCUUAUUUUGUGAAAUUAGGUGAUGAGAAGAAAGAGAGAAAAUCAGUCAGAGGUAGAAGUAGAGAAAGUUCGGAGAAACGCAGGUUUUCUAAGCACUCCAGGAGUAGAAGCCAGGAUAGGAGCAAGGACAGGAGUUCAAGGUAUCGUGUCCAUAGCAGAAGCAGAUCACAAGAUAAAUGGAAACAGUCAAGAUAUGUUAGAGAGAAAUCAAGGAGAUCAAGAAGUCGAUCAUCUAGCAGGAGACGUUCUGCACCAAAUAGAAAUAAGGACUUUAAAUCCAGGAGUAGAUCUCCAAAGAGAAGUGUUUCACCACGUAACAGGAGAAGAGAAAGAGAACACAAGUGGUCAUCAACUUCUAGAAGUAGGAGAGAUUCUCCAUCAAAAAGGAAAAGGAAAGUGUCAAGAAGCCAGUCACCUCGUAAACGCAGGGAGAGGUCUCCUGAACACAGAAGGAGUAGGUCACCCAAUAAACGGUCAUAUUCGCCAGACAAAAGAAGGAGAACUUCCCCUGAAAAAUCACCCAGAGAAAGUUCACCAUCAAGAAAAGAUAAAUCUGCCAGAAAAAGAGAGAGAAAGCAAAGUCAAUCCACACCUGUUAAGCCGGCACAUCGCACAUCGUCAGCCUCAGAUAGUUUGGACUCAGGUCACUUCACCAACAUACCUCUGUCAAAGACAAAUAAACCAGAGGAAUCUGAACCUGACAGCAACGAGCCAGUUAAAAAGCCAUCGCCAAUUUCUGAAAAGAAAAGUGAGCCCAGUGUUCCACCAAAAGUGGUCACAGAUGUAGAAAAGCAGUUUUCACCUAUGUAUAGUCCAGAAAAACCUUGGGAGGAUGAAUUUGACUUUGUGUUUACAGAGCACCUGUCACCCAGGCAAGGAACUGAGAAGAGCAUGGAGGAUGUUCUGUUUGGAUCAGAGGCAAAAACCCCUGAUUUCAAAAGACCAAUAACUGUGGAAAGGUAAGACACAGAGGUAGUAUGACCCUGUAAGUCUCAUGUAUGACCAUCAUCAAUUUUCUCGCAACAAUCAAGGUAAAAGGUUGCGAGAAUUAAUACAAUGAUCAGCUAAGGAAAAGUAUUUAAGACUUGGAUCUUUUGUCAAAUUCUGCCAACCACAUGUAAUUCUUUAAGGAAAUAUAUGGGGAUCAGUCUAGAGAAUAGAGACCUUUAGCGUCAGGUUUUUCAUGGGAAACCGCAAACCGCAGUUUGCCGGUGUGGGUUUGUAAUUUCAAAUUUCAAAUUUUAGCAAGGUGUUCAGUUCAGUUCAGUUCAUUUCUAUUUAGCCAAAAUAUAGUACAAUAGAAGAGUACAUAAUUAUAGGAAUUGUAAGGUUGCAAGGGAGCCCAGAAGAAACCAGAAGGCUUAUGAACCUUGGGCUCCCCAGUCACAAAGAAAUAAGUAAAAUAAAAGGAACUUCGCGGAGUGAUACAUUAUAAAUAGGAACUAAACAGAGACUGAGUAAGUUAUGAAUUCAGUAACAAGAUAGAAAAAUAUAUUUAACUCUGGAUUGGAACAGAAUACUUCUUUUGUUUGUACAGCAGAAAGGAAUAUAAAAUCGAUUUCAUUGUUCAGUGCCUCCAUGUUGUUUUUCAUCAAGUCGAAGUGCAUCACUUUAAUCGCCCAAAAAACAGGAAUAAUUCAUUGGUUCGAGAUCAAAAAUCCAACAAACACAUUUUUAGCCCCAAAAACCUUGUCGUAAAUCACUUAUGGCUGGAAGCCCUCCCUGCAGUUCAAACGUGAACUGCAAACUGCAAACUGCAAACCUGUCCGCAAGGCUGUGGUCAGGUGAUGAAAAACCUGAUGCGAAAGGUCUCUGAUAUGUUUGCAGAUACCUGUAUUGGGCUUUGAAGGGUUAAGAGGAAUGAUCCAGUUGGAGACCCCAUGCUGUUUCUUUAAUUAGAGAACUGUUUUUUUUUCCUUCAAAUGUGUGGAGCAAGGUUCUACACUUGUACAUGAGAUACAUUACACAAUGACAAGCUCUCAUUUUUUCACAAGCAAAUACAGCACAACUUGCAGCAAAAAUCUAGAAAAUUAUCAGAAGUCACCAAAAAUAAAAACAGACAAGCCAAGCUAAUGAGGCUACCAAAUUACACUCAUUAAAAAGUGAGAUCCAAACAACCCAAAGUUAACUGACAGGCAAACAAAGUUUGUUCACUACUUGAACAAGAUUCUAGAUGCAAAUAAGCAUCUUGCACAAGAAUAAUACCUUAGGUAGCUCCUUAAUAGAAGUCAAAACUAGUAAAGCAGUGAUUUUGUUACCUCUGCGUCCUACGUCCUUGACGCAUAAAAAUCCCCAAAGACGCAAAAUGAUUCAUAGCAUGUGUCCCGUAGGAUGCAAAGAUCAAUCGAUUGAUCUGAACGUGUGUAUUGGUUAAUAUCCUGUUCGUGUAAUUUCUGUGGCAGUUAUUAUGGCUGUUGUUUAACGAUGCACAUUUCUUUUAGCCUUUGUUCUGCUUUAAGAUAACCUCUAUAUUUUAAUUUCAGUAUACUGUAAUACAGAGUUUUUGAGUAAUUCUUCAGAUUACCUGUGCAUGUCUGGUUACAUAAAGGCCAAAGCAUUAUUUUUCAAUAUCAAACUCAUUUCUUUUUUUUUUAACUGGGACUCACAAUUUUUUGCAAGAUGAGUCCCAGGACUCACCAUGACAAUUAUUUGUGACAAAAUCACUGGUAAACUGAAGCUAUUAUUUUCCCCUUCACCCUCUAAGCCCAAGUAUGCACAUACAAAUUCUCCAGACUUACCUACAUGCAUUUCCUUAAAGAAUAAUUGAGAGAAUAUGACAAAAAAAUCAAGGCAUUUUCCCUUAGGUAAUCAUUUUAGAUAUUCUCAUAACCCUUUUUCUUGAUUGCAUAUUGAUCGGGUUAAAUAGAAAAUUCAUGUUGGUCUUUCUUGGUACUUAAAGGGUAUAAACGCCAACUGAUUUUUUUACGUGAAAAGUUAGAACUACAUUAUGUCUCCAUAAGAGACCUUGUUUUUGAAAAGUUUUAAAUUUAUGAAAAGUCAAAAAAGAGAAACUGAAAGAAAGACGAAAAUAUUAAAUCACUCAUAUGGUCAAUCAUAUUUGAUAGAGAAUGGUAACCAAUAUGAGUUUUGGAAUGUUAAUGAGUUUGUUUUUGUAAUACAUGGAAGUAAAAAAAGAGAGAUAGAGAAAGGGAGAAAAAUAAAUCACUCACAAUCAGUUUUAAAUUUGAAAGAGAAUGGUAACUGAUCAAUAACUGUUAUGGCAACUUACUUGUAUAUUGAACACUUUUUGGACUGUCAAUGAUUUUUUUUUAUUAUUAUUCUUUACAAUUUAUUCUAUGUAGCAAGAAAAAUGAAGGAGAGCCUGUUGCAAAGAAAGAGGAAAAGAAAGCAGAAAAAGUAAAAACUGGUAGAGAGAAAAAUAAUGUUCCGCAAAAAGAAGAAAACCAAGAUGGUUCUUCCAGAAUACAGCAAGCUAGUUCUAAUACUGCAGAGUCUGCCAUCAAAGCUAAUGGCCAAAAUAUUUCUGCUUCCAAGACAGCAGAAGUAGCAAAAACUGUCUUUGAAGAUAAACCCGACCAACUUGAAAAGAGAAACAGUGACAAUGAGUCAUCACAAGCUUCAAAUAAUACUAACAAAUCAGCUUUUGUGCAAUCUAAGUUGGAAGUUAUACCUUUUCUAGAUGAAGCACCAUCUACCCAACCUCCUGUAGGUAGUAGCAAAGUUCACCCAGCCAAGUCCCAGGUGGACAUUAAAGGUUCUUCUCCUUUAGCUGGUACAGGCAAAAAACAAAAUGAACUUCAAAGAGCAAAAGAUAUUAUACAGUCAUCUAUCACAAGGAUAAAUAAAGCACCAAACAAUGUUAACGUGAGUCCCAUGGACAUGGAAAUGUCAUCACCUGAAGGUGACAUUAUUGACCGUAUGAAUGAAGAGUUUUGGAGGCAACAACACCAGCAGAAGCCAGUUGGAAUGAAUCAAGCAGAAGUGGAGGGAAGACAAUCAAGAGAAGGUUUUACAGUAGAGUCUGGAGAAAAUGAACAGUGCUCGUUUGAGGAGCCGUACGAGCCUGAAAGUGGGUUGAUUAUUGGUGAAGAAUAUGAAGAUUUAAAUAACAUAGCUGAUCCCAAAGAAAGAAGGAAGAAAGAGAAGCAACAGCAGAAGGAAAAGACAAAAGUUCAGGUAAAUGUAAGGUUGGAAAGUAAAGCUUCAAUAGUUGUAAACUUGCCAAGAUGCUGACACUUGUGUUUAUAAAUCAUUGACCCAGUGUUCUUACCAGGGUUCUCCACCCUGGGGUCUAUAGGACCCAUAGAGAAGCUAAAAUGGGGUCAUGAGGGAGAAAAAUGGGUCACAAUUUUUAGAUACAGUUAACUGAAUGUUUAACUCACAGGUCUGAGUUAGAGUAAAUGGAUGAUAAAUAUCCAAUUUUUACAUACAUUUAACUCAACGUUCUACAGCUCUGAGUUAGAGUUAAGACGGAAUAACCAAAUAAAUUUUGGCUUAUAUUAUAAGGAAAUGUACAAAUGUUUUUGGACAUUUUCAGGGUUCUAUCUAGGAUUUAUUGUUUGGAGGAGAAGUCCCUGAGUAACCAAAAGGCCAUGAGCUUUCUAGGGGGGUCGGGGGUAUGCCUUGUCAAAUACCCUAGAUAGAACCCUGGUUUUGUAAUAGGUUUUUUUUCCUUCUUUGCGCCCUUUUGACCCCUUGCGCUUGCUGCAUUCUGGUAAGAACACUGAUGACCUUGCCUUAAACAAUUGUCAUAGCCAUGAAAUGAAAAACUAAACACCAAAUUGCAGGAUUUUCAGUAAGUUUUGAAGUAGGUAGCUGAUUCACCGUUUUAACUUCAAUAUCCCAGCUGAUUAGCUAACCAAAAAUUGAAAGCAGGUUAUGUGUUUGCCAGCUAUUUUGACAACCCCAGAAGUAAGACUUUGCAAUUCAUCAGAACUGCUUCUUAGAUUUCAAGACUGGCUGAAAAAUUUCCAAGAUUCACAAUUUUCCUAAAGUGCUGGUCUAGCAAUAAUUGCAAUGAAGCCCUAAUUGACUUGGGUAAAUUACUUCCAAAUAACUAUUGUCUUGUACUUACAUGCACUUGUGAAUCAAAUGGAGAAUUUAGCAUCAGGUCAGGAGUCACUUAGAGCCUUCUAAGCACACUUCUAUUAUUGAGCUUUAAAUUACCCCAUUGAAUCCAUAUAAUUAACAUCAUGAUCCAUUGAUUUAUAGUUGGUUUUCGUAUUUGAAAAUUGCCCACUUGAGACAUGUUUACAAUUUUAUAAUGAGAGUUCUGUGCAUUUGACAUUUCUUUGGUCUGUCAGUCAAGGAACGGUAUCUUGUGUUUUGCUUUUAAUUGUAGGAACUGAUAGAUAAGCUUCACCGACAAGCUCGUGUAGAAGAAGAAGUCAAGCAUGUUCUCAAAGCAUAUUACAAGCACAGAGAUAUUAACAAGGAAGAGUACAAGAGUAUACUGAGAAGAGCUGUUCCACAGGUUUGUUACUGAAUUUCUUGGUUAAGUUUUAUUUAGUCAUGCAAGGAUGAUCUGUUAAUCUUAGGAUCAACUCCCAGUAACUAAAUGCAGGUUAGAAGCUAUCAUGUUCUCACAGAUCAAUACUUGUGCACACUGUAUUGCUGGUUUUCACUGUUGAAGCAUAAAAAAACUUAAUCCAAUCAACAGUAAAAAUAGAAUCUGGUAAACACGUCAAAGAUAAACAUGCAAACAGUCAUGCCAAGUUUCAGGUCUGUACGCUUUUCCACAACUGCAUGCAAGAUCCCCAGAGAAAUAUGUACCUAAACUUAUAGAGCUUUUGUUUAGAGCUGCCACACUGGUGUCCCCUCUUGUGUAAAUAUUGCUCUGUCACAAUCAUCCACUUUCCAUGAUGUUUUCUAAAUUUACUUUGCCAAGGGACAAAUAUGAUAUUUAAUACUGUACUUAGAGACAUUGUAUGGUAAUAUAUUAUAUGUCUGGCUAAGUCACCAUUUUGGUCAAACAAAACAAAAAUGUGGUUGAACUCAAUCAUUGGAGCAUUAUGUUUUUGUCACCCAUCCUUACAUGUACAUCAGAGAACCUGGAUCAUGGAAGUGUAGAAAUGAAAUCCUUAACACGUCAGAGAUGAUACAGAAACAACUCUCAAAUAAAGGAAAGCCAGAUUCAUUUGUUAAAUGGCAAAAAUUAAUACUUGUACUAUGCAUAACUUGAUCAUGAGUUUGUGUCUUCUUUUUUUUCUUAGGUGACAAACUCAAGCAGUGCCAUAGACCCUGAGAGAAUCCGAUCUCUCGUAAAGAAAUAUGUAGCCAAGAUCAAGGGACAACGAGUUGAUUCUUAGUAUAAUUACUGCACCUUUUGUACAAUUUUGCUUCAUAAGCAACAUGGUCAGGUACUAAAACUUCUCAGUCCUAUAAAAAUUUCAUUUCCAUUCGUAAAAGAGCCAUACAUAGAUCUAAGAGAUCUUUCAUCCAAAAUCACCUUUUUCUGAGAAGAUCAUACACAAAAGUACUGUAUUUGCAGCAUUAGCUAAAAUGAAGAGGAAAAAUAAUACAGAGUGCAUUCUUCAAUCUGCAGAAAUGCAAAUUUAUAUAAGUGAAUGAUCUGUUUAAUUGAGACAAAAAUUCAAAGCUCCUGUUGCUGAAAGACCACAGGAUCCAGGACAGUGUUUAAAGUGAAGAACUGCAUUCCCGGUUGAAUUUUAUUAUUUUUGAUAAACUAGACUUGAACAUGUAGAGCUCUGUUCUUAGCCAUAGAUCUAACUCUGAUGUAGACCUGUCGUACAGUCUACUCUCUCUUAACGGACACCUCUAUAAGACGGACACCUCUGUAAAACGGACACCUAGAGUUGGUCCCCGCCUUUCUUUACUACCUUUAUUUAACUCUCUAUGAGACGGACAUCUCUCUAAGACGGACACAUACUGCAGGUCCCCAAGUUGUCCGUCUCAGAAAGAGUUGACUGUACAUGUAAAAUCAGCUAUCAGAACUUACAUUUUAUCAGUGUUGUACCACAUCAAAUGCAGUUUUAGCUUUAGUAGCCAAGCAUAAGUUUUUGAAGGUGGAAAGUUAAGGUGUUGAUUGUUGGUAUUUGUUUUCAAGGUUAUUGCAGAUUGGGUUAAACAUGCUUUUGUUGUCUAUCACCUUGGUAGAACAGUGUUUUGGAAAGUAACCUGGGCGAAGGUGAUAGAGCUAUAAAAGUAAUGUUCUGGCGUCUCCUUUCAAGGGUCUAUCAUAACACAUAGAGCUUAUAUUGCUGCAGUUGUAUUACUUUUAUACUUGACACCACAAUAGACUUUAAAUUUCCAGAAGAUAGUUUGUACAGCCAGUUUAUACGGUCCACCCUUUCUUUUGAGAAAAACUAUGUCAUUUGAAUGAUAAAGUGUUAAAGAAAUUUUAUUACUUAUCGGAUCAAGUCAUCAAAGAGUACUGGAAUGUGAUAGUUUUUACUUAAAACACAGUAAAAGAAGCUGUUACGUGAAGUUAUGUUUGUACAACCCUACCUAAGCUACAUAAAAAGGCAGCAGAAAAUGGGGUAGAAUGUGCUCUGUUGUAAUCCCUGGCAUUUCAAAGAGGAAAAUUGAUAUGUGGUUUGGCUGCUGAAUAGAUUAUACAGUAUUUUUCUGUGUUAUCAAGUUAUUUGUGUUUACUUGGAGUCAAGUGCUGAAUUAUCUUCAACAAUGUAAGUAAAGUAGAAAAAUAUAAUAGAACUUUGUCAUACUAAAUGCCGUAAGUCAUGUUAAAAGUAGAAAAGAAAGUUAACCUUUUUGAGAGUAUAUUCCAUUUCCUCAUGACCAAGGUUACACUUUACACUAUUACCCAGGUACACUUCAACAAAUUGUUCAAACAAUAUUCAAUCAAAAAAUAUUUUUGAAGUAAGGCGUACCUGGAAAGUAUAGUCUUUUUAGUCUAAGUGAGUGGUUCAAUUUUCCUGGGCAAAUGUUUGUAGCAUAACUACAGAUUAAUUCGUUUUGGUAGUUCUUUGUAUUACUUAUACAGGUCUUUAAUACAAUAAUUGUAUUCAGGUUUAAUUAUUAAACCUCUCAUCUUGGAACCUUCAUACUAAAGAAAAACAUGAAACCACUGUCUAUGCACACUGCUUGACGUGAACCAAUUAAUGCUUUGUAAAUACACAACACCAUACUUUAAUAGUAAUAGACAACCC